AGGCUGGGCUGCUGUCCGUCAGUGAGCAGUGAUCAGAUGUGUGUGAGGGAAGCAGAGCGUCAGAGUGUUGCUGUCUCUCGGCGAUGGCCUGUCUCAUGGCCGCCUGGUCCGUCCACAACCCCACCGUCACCAACUCCAUCAUCAUGAACACCAACGGGCCCCCGGAUCUGAUGCUGGACCCCCGGACGGUGUGCGUUUGUAUGGAAGAGGGGGUCAACAAUCGGCUGGCGGGCAGCCAGCACACGCCGCUGCUGCAGGGACACCUGAAGAAGGUGGACAACAACCUGACGGAGGCCCAGAGGUUCUCCUCGUUACCACGGAGACCAGCGGUCAACAUCGAGUUCAAAGACGUCUCGUACUCCGUCAGAGAGGGACCCUGGUGGAGGAAGAAAGGUUACAAAACUCUGCUCAAAGGGAUCUCUGGGAAAUUCACCAGCGGGGACCUGGUGGCCAUCAUGGGGCCCUCAGGAGCCGGAAAGUCCACCCUCAUGAAUAUCCUGGCCGGGUACAGAGAGACGGGGAUGAAGGGGGAGAUCCUGAUCAACAGUCAGCCCAGAGACCUGCGCUCCUUCAGGAAGGUUUCCUGUUACAUCAUGCAGGACGACAUGCUGCUGCCUCACCUCACCGUGCAGGAGGCCAUGAUGGUUUCGGCCAACCUGAAGCUGCAGGAGAAGGUGGAGGCUCGCAGGGAGAUGGUCCGGGAGAUCCUGAUGGCUCUGGGUCUACUGGACUGUGCUAAAACCAGGACGUCUCACCUGUCGGGGGGGCAGAGGAAGAGAGUGGCCAUCGCGCUGGAGCUCGUCAAUAAUCCCCCAGUCAUGUUCUUCGACGAGCCCACCAGUGGUCUGGACAGCUCGUCUUGUUUCCAGGUGGUCUCCCUGUUGAAAGCUCUGGCUCAGGGAGGACGAACCGUCAUCUGCACCAUCCACCAACCCAGCGCCAAACUGUUCGAACUCUUCGACAAGUUGUACGUUCUGAGUCAGGGUCAGUGUAUCUAUAGAGGGAAAGUCUCCAGUCUGGUUCCUUACCUGAGGGACCUCGGACUCAACUGCCCCACCUACCACAACCCUGCUGACUUCGUGAUGGAGGUGGCGUCUGGAGAGUACGGAGAUCAGAUGGUCCGACUGGUGAAGGCCGUCCAGGACAGGAAGUGUGAGAAGGAUUAUCAGACUGAGCUGAACGGAGCGUCAAACCUCCACCCGCUGCUGUGGCAGCGCACAGAGGAGGAGGGUUCGUCGUCUGAAGGUUGUCACAGUUUCUCAGCCAGCUGCAUGACUCAGUUCUCCAUCCUGUUCAGGAGGACUUUCCUCAGCAUCCUCAGAGACUCGGUGCUGACUCACCUGAGGAUCUCCUCUCACAUCGGGAUCGGCGUUCUGAUUGGUCUGCUGUACCUGGGCAUCGGGAACGAGGCCAAGAAGGUUCUGAGCAACUCCGGGUUCCUGUUCUUCUCCAUGUUGUUCCUGAUGUUCGCUGCUCUGAUGCCCACAGUGCUCACAUUUCCUCUGGAGAUGGGAGUUUUUCUGAGGGAGCACCUGAACUACUGGUACAGUCUGAAGGCUUACUACCUGGCCAAAACCAUGGCUGACGUCCCCUUCCAGGUAGUAUUCCCGCUGGUGUACUGCAGUAUUGUGUACUGGAUGACGGCUCAGCCUCCAGACGCCGGGCGGUUCUUCCUCUUCCUGUCUCUGGGGGUUCUGACCUCUCUGGUGGCCCAGAGUCUGGGUCUGCUGAUCGGAGCUGCCUCCACCUCGCUGCAGGUGGCGACGUUUGUCGGCCCGGUCACAGCGAUCCCCGUUCUGUUGUUCUCGGGGUUCUUCGUCAGUUUCGACACCAUCCCCUGGUACCUGCAGUGGAUGUCCUACAUCUCCUAUGUCAGGUACGGUUUCGAGGGCGUCAUCCUGUCCAUCUACGGUCUGGACCGAGAGGAUCUGCACUGUGAUGAAGACGACACCUGUCACUUCCAGAAGUCUGAGGCCAUCCUGAAGGAGCUGGACAUGCUGGACGCCAAACUCUACCUGGACUUCAUCGUCCUCGCCAUCUUCUUCUUCUCUCUGAGGCUCAUCGCUUACUUUGUCCUCCGCUACAAGAUCAGCGCUGAGAGGUAGACCAGGACCAAGACCAGGACCAGGACCAGGAGGUGGACCAGGAGGAGAAGCGUCUGGCGUUUAGGACAAAACCUUUAGGCCAAAGUUAGCAUGUAGCUGUGGAGUUUGUCUACAUGUGAACACUGAAUCUACUUUGGCUCGCUGUUAAAAAAAUGACACAAAGACGAGACGACGUGAGGAGAUUUGAAACAAAUUCGGACAAAAAACAAAAACAAAGGUUAAAGGUCUCUGAGUGUCAUUAAGGAUGAGGUGAGACACAUCAGGUCCUGCAGGGACGGGAGCUGGUCUCCUGAUUCCUGAAGGUUUAACUGUGCCAAAGCCUGAAGGACCACAACAAACCAACAGAACUGGAGAACACCUGAUCGAUAUUCACGUUAUCAGAAUAAAAGCCUCUGCAGGCCGGGUGAGGAGGUGGGACAGACUCUGGACGCUCAUGAUUCAGUAUGUUUUUAAAGCGUCUCGGGACGGAGACGACAUGUUAAUUUAGUUUAUCUCUGCGGCGAGGACACUUUGGACUCUGUCCACACAAACACUGUGUAUCUCAGACUGUUUAUGAAUAAAGUAAAGACCAGUUAUUUCCUGAAUAAAAACUUUAUUUACUCCCACA